CCCAAUAUGGGCUUGCUACUGAAAUGCCUGAAUUGCAUGGCUUCUGGCCAGAGCAAGAAGUGGGUGGACACGAACCACCGAUUCAAAUGGCCGAAAAUGGGCCUUCUGAAAUCCCAGAAUACGGGAUAGCUGCAGGAACACCGCAAUAUAUGCCAACGCCUGAAUUCUAUCAAUAUGGGCCAGUGCAAGAAGUGAAUGGAUACAAACCACCGAUUCAAAUGGCCGAAAAUGGGCCUUCUGAAAUCCCACAAUACGGGAUAUCUGCAGGAACACCGCAAUAUAUGCCAGCGCCUGGAUUCUAUCAAUAUGGGCCAGUGCAAGAUGUGGGUGGAUAUGCGUCGUUUAUUCCAUUGUUUAAAAAUAGGCCUAGUUCUUGGUCAAAAGAAAUACAAAUGACAGAUGAAUCAAACAAUGCAUCGUCGGCACAAGUGCCAACUUAUAGGUCAUCAUCGGUAGCUUUCGAGAUUGAGCCAUCAACUGAAGUGUUGGUAUGUGAGCCUAUUUCUGAAAAUAUAGCAGAGACACCUCUCUUCUCAGGUUCGAUGGAAUGUUUACCAUAUCAUAAUAAAGUUUUUGAUUCUUCAACUGAUGUCGAAGACAAUAGUCAAACUACCUCUUCCCACUUAGAUCAGGAUAAUGCAGGAAAUUUCACCGAACAUACAAGAAUUACUGAAAUUAUCGAACCAGAAAUAUUCUCGAAUAGAAAUCGAGAAAGAAAAAUCGACGAAAUUUCUGAAAUUUCUUAUAUUUCCGAUGACGAAGGAUUUUCUUCUAACAAUGUCUAUGAGCAUGAGAAUGAAGAUUUUGAUUAUUCUACGGAACAAUUCACGGAAACGGUGGACGACAUCUACAUUCACAGACCGUUAAAAUGGGCUUUUAUAAAUUUAGAAAGAUUUUCUCUUGUAAACGAAAUCAUUUAUGAAGAAGACGAGUUUGAAUUCGAAAAUGCAUCAUCAGAAGACGACGAUUCCAUCCACGCAGAUAGCGAAAUAGAAAACAGUGAACAUUCCAAUGAUAUCGUCUUCGACUCCAUUAACGAAAUUCAACAAAUGAAUGUUGAAAGUGAUGGGUCAUCAAUAUCUUCCACGAAAGAUGACGUUGAGGAAGAAAACUUUGUUAUUUACAGGAAUACGACAUCACUACAAGUCAUUCAAUGCACCAAAAGUGAAGGUGAGAAAGUGUAUGAUGAUAAACAGAAACAAAAGCAGAAGUUUCAUUACUUAACUGGAUGCGAAGAUAGCAAAAAUGAGGAUGAUAGAUCUUUAUCCAAAGACGAAACCAUUGAAGAAUACGAAAAAGAAACUACAAGCUGCAUGGACAUUUUUUGGCAUUUUCUUCGCAAGUUUACAUCUGUGGUGUGUCCGUGUUUAAAACGAAGAAAGUAAACUGGUCGAUAUUUAAUAAGGAGAAACUGCGAAGAGGACCAAUUAUCUUCUUUUUUUUCGCUUCUUAUUCGUUGAAUAUUAUGAAAAUUUCUCCUUAUUAAGUUAUUGUGUUAGAAGAAAUGAAUUGUAUCAGUUACGCUGUUAAAUAAGAAUUUAUUACAAAUUUGCUUGGUGCAUUGAAAAAAGAAAUGAUUUGAAAAACCAUCGACGAAAUCGUGUUUAUAAAAGCAUGUUAUCUUUUCAACAAGAAUUUCGUCACAGGAGAGUUCCGACGUUUUCAUAAAUCUGCACGCAACCCGCAGUUCAUUUUGGAAGCGAUCGAAUGCUUUUAAAGUUUUGUCGACAGAUUUUCUGUGGACUUAUAAUAAUUGUUAUAACCGUAAAAGCGUAACUUGUGGAAGUGCUUGGCCUUUUUUCAAUCUCUUAAAGACAUUUUUAUAUUUCUUCUGGAACGAUCGAGUUGAUCCGCGUGUUGUUUAAAUUUAAGAAAAUUAGCUUAAAAGAAAAAAAUUUUUAAAAUUAUCUUCGUGUGAUGUUUUGUGUUAUAAAUUGUUUGUGCUUUAACUUAUUUAGGCCGAAUUGUUAAAUUUAUUGAACGUAUUAAAAUCGUUAACAUUUAUGUUUUAUUCUUUGAAUCAAUAAAAUUAAUGUGCGUUGAUGAUGUGUAUCGUUAAAUUUGACAGAGACAAUAUCUGAAUAUUUUUACAUUUACACUACAAAAUAUAAAGAAAAGUAGACUCAAAAUCUUAUAAUAUAAUCGAGAUGGAUUGAUAAUAAAAACAUAAUAAUAAGUGAUUGUCGUCACCGUGAUGCAAAUGCAGAGAAGAAUCAUCGUCAUAGGAGAUAUCUGUUUCAGUCUUUAGCUCUUCACUUAUUGCACAUACAUUUAGCAUCUUCUUUAGCAUGAGCUUGAGCGUUUUCUUCGACUUGAUUCUUCAUUGCAGUGAGUGUGUUUAUACGGGACGAUCCGUCAAUAAAAGAAAUAAUGAAGCCGAUAGGUCUAUACUAUAGAAAAUUAUCGUAGGCUACAUCCAAAAAUCUCGUUUCUUUAACGUUUUGUGGGAUUAACAAAAGGACGAGUCUCAUCAGGUGUUACAGUAGUCUCCAAUGUGCAAGGCCGUUAAAUUAAAGGACAUUUUACUUGUGUUUCCACUAGUUUUGGUACAUUGCACUUUUUCAUCCGAAUUUAAAAGUGUGAGAUUAAACACCGAGUUAUGCUAGUUGGAGUUUGCUGUUAGUUCCUGUCGUUACAUUAUGUAAAAUUUCAGAUUUUAUUUGCAUUAUUGGCAGAGAAUUAAUUUCACUGUACUUUAUGUAGAAAGUAUGGAAGGACGA